GCUGUCAGGAAUUGCGUCCACGAGUCAUGAGAGACUUAUGACGGCUGACCACUGAGGCACUCCCUCACCGCAGCAGUAUCUCAUGGUGACACUACAUAGGAACCACUACACACUAUAUGCCGAUUACUCCUAUCCAUCCAUCUACACUCUUCACGUUCCCAUCAACCUGCUACGUACGGAGAAGUGGAGAGCCGGCCUCCGUCCUAAUAAUAAUACUACUAAUCAGAACUCGGUCAGGCGGGCCGUGGGUCGCAAUAAUAACCACAACGAACUUGAGGCCCAAAUCAGGUUGUCGCUUUGGCUCUUUGGCUGGCGCUGUUGGCCCGCCUGCAGAGUAAUCCGCCUUCUCAUUAGCUCAUUCCCUCUGCUCCUCCUGGCUCCUCCUGCUGCUCCGACCCGGCGACGAGUCGUCCUCCUCCUUUCCCUCGCCUGCUCCCAUCCCGUCCGUCUCCUUCCAGAAUUCGCCCCUCCCCGCAAGUCGGAUGCUGCUCUUGAGCGCCUCCAUCUCGUCCACCGUGCUUCUGGUAGUACUGUGGACGAGUCUGUUAGCGUCUCGCGACUCUCGUCCCUGAAACCCGAACGCUUCCCUCCCCUCUCCCACCCCCCUUUUUCCUAUAUCUUUUGCUGCCCCGCCCCCUUUCGGCUUGCGUCCUAGUAGCUUUGUUACUGUUAGCCUGCGAGCUUCGGAUCCCGGCGAGCUCCAUGUUGAGGUCCUCCUGCUGCCCUCCGAGGAGUCGGAGACGUCGCAU